CGCAGGUGGGCGGCGGCGGCGCCGGGAUCCCCGCUCCGGCCGCGCUCGGGGGCGCGCAGGGCCCCGGCGCGCGCGGCCGCAGGUGCGAAUCAUGGCACGCCAGGCCCGGCCGCCGGCCGCCGGCAGGAGGGACGCGCGGGAGCCCGAGCUCGAGCCGCUGUGCUGCUGCGAGUACAUCGAUGGGCACGGGGAGAAGAGCCACGUGGCCGCCUGCCUGUGCGACUGCCAGGACCUGGAUGAGGGCUGCGACAGAUGGAUUUCUUGUAAGUCUGUGCAGCCAGAGACCUGUGAAAGAAUCAUGGAUACAAUCUCUGAUCGUCUCCGAAUCCCCUGGCUUCGGGGAGCCAGGAAAAUCAACAUCAGCCUUGUGCCCCCGCUCGUCCUCCUGCCCGUCUUCCUGCGAGUGGCCUCCUGGCACUUCCUCCUGGGGGUGGUGGUUCUCACCUCGCUCCCUGUGCUGGCCCUGUGGUACUACUACCUCACCCACAGAAGGAAAGAACAGACUCUGUUUUUCCUGAGCCUUGGAUUGUUUUCUCUGGGCUACAUGUACUAUGUGUUCCUGCAGGAAGUGGUCCCCAAAGGGCGUGUGGGGCCCCUUCAACUGGCUCUUCUCACCUGCGGGCUAGUUUUGAUACUCUUAGCCUUGUACCGAGCCAAGAAGAAUCCAGGCUACCUCAGAAAUCCAGCGAGCAACGACAGACCCCUAAGCAGCAGCCAAAUCGAAAGUCUGAACAGAAAAGGGCAGGAGAAGCCCAAAGGGUUCCCUGGUCCAGAUCUGUCAGGAAGCCUCAGCAACCGCACCCCGAAGGAAGACCCCAAGGGCCCUGGCAGCAGGCUGGCCGGGAGCCCUGCCCAGGGGAAGGAGGACUGGUGCGCCAAGUGCCAGCUGGUGCGCCCGCCCCGGGCGUGGCAUUGCCGGAUCUGUGGCAUCUGUGUGAGGAGAAUGGAUCAUCACUGUGUCUGGAUAAAUAGCUGUGUUGGAGAAUCGAAUCAUCAAGCAUUCAUACUUGCCCUCUCCAUCUUCCUGCUCACCUCGGUGUAUGGGAUCACGCUGACCUUGGACACCAUCUGCCGAGACAGGAGCGUCUUCACUGCUCUCUUCUACUGUCCUGGAGUGUAUGCGAACUACAGCUCUGCUCUGUCCUUCACCUGUGUGUGGUACUCUGUGAUCAUCACCGCGGGCAUGGCCUACAUCUUCCUCAUCCAGCUCAUAAACAUCAGUUACAACGUCACCGAGAGGGAAGUCCAGCAGGCCCUGCGACAGAAGACCGGGCGCCGGCUUCUCUGUGGGCUCAUCGUGGACACAGGCCAGUACAAUCGGGGCUUCCUGCGGAACUGGCACCAGUUCUCCACCCUGGGCACUCACCCGGUCCACCACCCUGCUGAGAACAUUGUCUGAAGUGCCUUCUGUGUCGGCUUCCCAGGGGGGACGGCUCCACCCUCUGCUUCCUUCCUUCCCGUGUACAUCUUUUUCAGUGUCCACGAGAGGCUGUUUGUUUUGAUCCCCCGUUUCUUAAGCACAUCCGAGAGCCGGGCUCAGGUCUAGAGACUAGACUGGGAAGAAGUUCUUUUCUCUGACUUCACAGCUGGAAAGUAGAGCCAUUCCUGCCAAGUCAUCUGAGUACCCCUGUGCCCAGCGUGGGGAAAGGAUGCUGUGCUGGCGCCCGGGCGAGGACAGCACACCCGCUCGUGAGCACAGGAGCGAGAGUUCUGCUUCGGGAUCCUCUGCUUGCCCGUUCAGUUCCUAAUAGCCAUAUGACCCUUUGUGGAGUCACUUCCUGAGUCUCAGGUUCAUCUGGGAAGUGGGGUGCGGAGCUUGCCCUGGCUCCCUCACCCCGCGGUUGUGAGGGCCACAUGAUGGAAGAGCACUGUGGAACACAUAACUAAAGCACAGAGAGGUUUGAAGAAUCACGAGGAAAAUCUUAAAUCAGAGUAUUGAAACGAAUGCGACUGGAGGUGUCAGCUUCCCGAGCUGCAAAGUGGAAGAGAUCCCGAAGUUCUGGCUUAGACAGUAGGGAAGUUUCAGUCGCCCAAGUAUCAGAUAUUCAUUGCUCAAAUGGUCAGAUGGAUUUAUAUCAUCACCCAAUCCUGCAUGGACAGUUGUUACUAAUUAACAUUAUUAUCCCUAGUAUAAUGUAAGUGGUCAUGAGUCGCGGUGAGGAGUUCUCCUGUUUUAUGUAUUUAAACCCACACUGCUGGAUUCACUCCAGCUCCAGUCGCAUUAACGUUUUUCGCCUCCCCAUGAUUUACCCCGUAAGGUGCUACCACACUUGUGAUAAUGGCUUGACCAGAACAGACUCCCCUGUGGGAAACACUUCACUCUCUUACCUGCGUGGCUUGACUGAUUAUUAUCAAGGGCUUGAUUUUGGAGGUUGUUGUUCACAUAAGUAUUUCAGAAGCCAUUAGUUACAGCACUACGGUGCAAAAUUCACUGUUGACAUUCAUGUCGUUCUAGCAUGAAGGCCUGUGAGGAGUUGAUUGACAGCUUCCUACGUAACUUGCACAUUACUUCUCAUUCACCUUUUGCUAGUAUUUCACUGACAGAAAAAGCAGGGUCUGUGUGGAUCUACUAAUAGGUUCCAGUUUUCCUUGCUCUCCCUAAAAUGUCAGCUUGUUUCUUUACUCUAGGAACUGAAAUGAAGGAUGAAAUAUAGAAUGUGUUUUUUCUCUAUCACAUUAUAAUGAAGGACUUUUGGGUGGAAAGUUAUUGAAAGACUUGUUUGUCUACGUGUGCUGUUUUUGAAAUCCCAAAGAUAAAUCAUGUGCCCUUAAGUUUACCUGACUUCUAACCGAAUACUGGAAAAUCUUGCCAGCUUUGUCUUUUCUGUGCAUGCUGCUUUAGCACGAGGUUUAUAAAUGUAGAGGGGAAGCGCUGCCCGCCUGCAGCUCUGCCCUCUGCAGUUUAGAUUAGCCCCAGUUCUGCCCUUAAUUGGGGUUGUCUUUAAGGCAGUUGCCACCUUUUUUAUUCAGGUUUGUCAUUGCCGUCCCUAGAGGUGGAUUGUUUAGCAAAAACAGACUCCUUAUUCCACUGGGAUAAGCCGGAGAGCUUGCCCGGGGUGCCGGCGGAGACGGCAGCUGCCACAGCGAUGCCCUCUCCUGGCCCAGCGUUGAGCAUUUGUUUGUAAUUACCAUUGGAUCUGAUCUGACUCCUUUUUGUGUAGGUUGAGCUGAGAGAGAAUCAUGUCAAGGGCAGCACGCGGCCAGAAAUCUCUAGUUGUCAAGUCCCCUAAGUGACAGAUGCACAGCCAGUUCUAGUUGUCUAGCAGUUGUUAAUAAAAUUCAUAGAAAUGUUCGUACAGUCAGUACUUUAUGGCUUGCCAAAUCUUUCGCAGAGCCUCGAGAUGUGGGUGAUCUGAUGAAGAUGAGUAAGAUUGCCAAAGAAACAAGACAUUUGAGAGAAUUCAGCAAUGAACGAACAUCUUCUGGGCUGAAGAGAGAGUUCACUGGGCAGGGUGCUUGCCUACAUGUGGCCGACCCAGGUUCGAUCCCUGGCACCCUGUAUAGUCCUCUGAGCCCCACCAGGAGUAAUACCUGAGUGCAGAGGUAGGAGUUACCCCUGAACACAGCUGAGUGUGGCUCCAAAACAAACAAAAAAAAAAAAGGAAGGAAGGAGAUUUCUUCUGAAUUACUGAAAAGGUGCUUGUUUUAAAUUCCUUUAGAACUUCAAUAUUGGCUACUUAAAGGAGAAAGUGGAAACCUUUGAAAAGCUAAGUGGUUUUGUGAGAUAAAGGGUUCCUGAAGUACUCAUACGAGAAGGAGCUAGGAGCUGUUUAGGGUCAGGAACACUCUCAGUCAAUAUUUGGAGGCAGUUAUUUGUUUAAAGCAUGUUUAUGGGCUGAAACGAUUUGAGAGAUUUGUCUUUGUAAAGGAUAAACCCUCUGUGAAUUAAUCCCAGAGAAACAUUUUGUUGUGACAGUAGUGGGGGAAUUGCCGUGAGCCUCUAAAACAUUUUUUGGCCAUCAGAGCAGGUUUCUCCCAAGAUAAUUCUAGUUAGCCUUAGUUAAUAUAUCCUGGAUGUGGAGCUUUAUCAGUAAGCUCCUAGAUUCCGACCAAUUAGAUUAAUAUCAUGCACUUGUAUUCUCUUCCUGUGGAAGAGAAAUGGGCCCAUUUGCAAUGCUUAGGGUAGAAAUAGUCAAGGAUCAGGACUGCAUGAAGGGAUAAAAGGGCUUCAAUAUUUUAAAUGUUCCUGAAGAUACCCAAAGAGUAUUUUGUGGUUCUAGGUGGGCCCACCUGAAAUGAACUGAUCAUUAAUAAUGCUUCCUUUGAAUGGUAUCGCUAAUGUUGCUCAUCAAGCCUUAAGUGUGUUUCAGGCCUGCUGGGCUCUUACCUCAGCCACAUGGUUGUCUGCAUUUAGGAUACUGUGAAUCUUUGCUAUUUAAGUGGUUGUUUCCUUUGGCGAAGGAAGUAAUUGCUUCCACUAGGUAGUCGGCCUACAGAAAGACUGCUGCAAAUUUUCACUUAUACAGUAGGCCUUGAUACUUCUAAUAUUUUUAGCAAGAAAUAAUUUUCUAUAUUAGAAUCUGCCACUGCCAGAAAAUAUGAUGCUAGUCAAGCUCUCCAUAAUAUGGACCGUCUGCGUAAUAGCAUCUGUAUCUUUCGGGUAGGACAUCAGCUUUUUGUCAUAUAGCUCAACUAACAAGCAAAAAUAUGACAUUUGGAAACACAGUUUUAAAAAUUAGAGGUGAGGUUCAAGGAUCUCUCUGUGCUAUGUGAAUGGGUUUAUAGCACUUAAUUUCAUUUUAGCCUGACUUGGGCACUUGCCUUUUCAAAAGAAGAAUUUUCUCUAAUGGACAUGUUUGAGACAUCAGUUUGCUUGAGUACUUGCUUAGAACCUGGUUUUCAAAGCAGCAUACUAAUGUGUUAUAUUAAAAAUGGAGAGGCAGUGGGUGAGUGGGUGAAUGAGAGGUAUGCCUAACUUAAAACUGAAUAAAAUUCAAUGUUCUGAGGUGUGUGCUAUAGUUAAAAGACUGUUUUGUAGAAUUACUAAGUGUGAUCCUGUUGCCCGAGGACUGUAACCUUGCCUCAGCUGGCACUGAAGUUUCACCAGGACGUCAGCAGCAGGCCACCAGUUGCACUGCUGAUGGAAACAAGUUUCUCAGUAGCCAUGGCUGUUUCGAGUGGGGCUUGGGACUUGCAGCAUCCUUUCUGGUGGCGCUUUUCACUUCUUGAACAUUUGUCCUUUGAAUACAAAGCUCUGAAAGCAGAGCUAGUCUAGACUGGUUAUUAAUGCAGCUAAAUUUCCUUCUUCGGAUGGCGCCACUGACAAGAUGCCAUGUACAGACCCUGUAAGCCAACCUGUGAUUCGAUGGCUUGGCUGUUUGAUGGUUCAAGUUAUCAGGGAUUUUGAGCCUUUUCACUUGAUUGCAUUUCUGUUAGACUAAAGGGAGCCUGGAAUUUUACCUAAUACUAAAUUUGAUAUUUAAUGCAUAUGGCCUAGCAACAACUACAGGGGGUGUCUGAAGCCAUCUCUGGAGGCUGAGGGGCUAAAUGUUUGCACUUUUUUAAUACUUGUAUUCAUGCCUCUUCUCAUCUCAGACUUCGACCCAAGGCCUUUUAAAUGGAGACUUAAAAGAUUACUGCAUUUAUGUAAAAAGUGUACUGUGACCAAGUUGUUUAAAUGGAAAUAAAGUGCUUUCUUUAAAAAGCAUUGUUGAUUCACCCUUUUUUAAUCUACAAGCACUAAAAUAAAAUUGUUACUUGAUUUCUGGA